UCUUCUAUCGUUUGUUGUCCCUCGAUCAAUUGCCGUCGUGGUUUCUACUUUCUAGGGUUUUCAUCGUCCUUUACUUCUCGUCCCUCGCGUCUGCCUCGAUCCCUGUCAGAGCCAUGGCCGCCACCAGCACAGCGGCUCCUAGGGGCCGCAAUAUAGACGACGAGAACCUGGUUUUCGAGACCAGUCCUGGGGUGGAGGCCAUCACCAGCUUUGACCAGAUGGGCAUCCGCGACGACCUCCUCCGCGGCAUCUACGCCUAUGGAUUCGAGAAGCCCUCUGCCAUCCAGCAGAGGGCUGUGAUUCCCAUUAUCAACGGCCGCGACGUUAUUGCCCAGGCGCAGUCCGGCACCGGGAAGUCCUCCAUGAUCGCCCUAACCGUCUGCCAGAUGGUUGACACUACCGUUAGAGAAGUUCAGGCACUUAUUUUGUCACCUACAAGAGAACUUGCUUCACAGACUGAGAAGGUGAUCUUGGCUAUUGGUGAAUAUAUAAGUAUACAAGCCCAUGCAUGUAUUGGUGGAAAGAGUAUAGGUGAAGAUAUUAGAAAGCUGGAGUACGGUGUUCAUGUGGUUUCAGGGACACCUGGCAGAGUUUGUGACAUGAUUAAAAGGAGGACCUUGCGCACUAGAGCUAUCAGAAUUCUGAUCCUUGAUGAAGCUGAUGAGAUGCUGAGUAGAGGCUUUAAGGAUCAGAUUUAUGAUGUGUACAGAUACUUGCCUCCUGAACUUCAGGUUGCUCUUAUAUCUGCGACACUACCUCAUGAAAUUCUUGAGAUUACCAACAAGUUCAUGACUGAUCCCAUAAGAAUCCUUGUCAAGCGUGAUGAGUUGACAUUGGAGGGCAUAAAACAAUUUUUUGUUGCUGUGGAGAGAGAGGAGUGGAAGUUUGAUACAUUAUGUGAUCUUUACGACACUCUCACUAUUACUCAAGCAGUUAUUUUCUGCAACACAAAACGAAAGGUCGAUUGGUUGACUGAGAAAAUGCGCAGUAAUAACUUCACAGUAUCUUCUAUGCAUGGUGACAUGCCACAAAAAGAGCGAGAUGCAAUCAUGGCAGAAUUUAGAUCAGGGGCAACUCGAGUACUGAUCACUACUGAUGUAUGGGCUAGAGGGAUUGAUGUCCAGCAGGUGUCAUUGGUGAUAAACUAUGACCUACCAAACAACCGAGAACUCUACAUACAUCGGAUAGGCCGUUCAGGACGAUUUGGACGGAAGGGUGUUGCGAUUAACUUUGUGAGAAAGGAUGACAUUCGCAUUCUAAGAGAUAUUGAGCAGUAUUACAGUACACAGAUCGAUGAAAUGCCAAUGAAUGUUGCUGAUCUCAUCUGAAUGCUUCAAACAUCAGCCUCUAUCUACCACGGAAGCUUGCAAGGAAUCAUCGUAACAGAUCGAAUGGAAAAGUUUCUUUGCUCGAAAGGUUUUUCCUCGUUGAAUGUCUAAAUUAAUGUUUGUUGAUUUUUCAGAAAGUUGUAAGAUCAUGUAAGUUGAAUGCAGCAUAAGGAUGCAAAUGUGUGCUGUGUGAGGGUAGCGAGUUAGGUUCGUGUGCUUGUGUGUAAAACUGAAAUUUGAAACUCUGUUUCCUUUUGAUACAGCUCUGUUAUCUUAUGAUAAUUAAUUAUCCUAAAACAUAUGUGAUCUUAUCUGAA